AUGAUGAAAAAAUGGAUUAUUCUUGGAGAUUUUAACUCUCUAAUAAGCAACUUGGAUAAAGUAGGGGGCAAUGAUGUUGAUAUGCAAGCUUCAGAUGAGUUUAAAAGUUGGGUGAGUGAUGCAAAUAUUGCAAAACUUAAGAAGUUUGGUAAUUGCUACACUUGGACCAAUAAUCAACAUGGAGGGGACAAUAUCUGGAGAAAAAUAGAUUGGUGCUUUGUUAAUAGUGUCUGGUUAGCUGAGUGGCCAGAGUCUUUUUAUGAAACCAAAUCUCCUAGCAUUUCUAUCAUAGCCCGCUUCUGGAUUAUGGGAGUCCAUAUGUUUAAAGUCUGUCAAAAGUUGAAGCUCCUUAGGAAAGAGUUAAGAGUUUUGAAUAAAGAGAAGUUUAGUGAGUUUAAAGCUAGAGUUGAUAAAACUAGAGAGAUGGUUUCUAAGCUACAAUCUGACCUGCAUGAUGACCCUUUUAAUAAAGAGUUACAAGAUGAAAAGCGAACAGUCAGUAGCUACUUAUUUAGGCUUCUUAGAUGGGAAGAAAGCAUUGCUAGGAAAAAAUCUAGGAUGUUGUGGAUUGACCUGGGAGACAAAAAUACCAAAUACUUUCAUAGAUGUAUUAAGCAAAGGGAAGCAAAGAACAAAAUUAUUAUCUUAAAAGUUGCGGAUGGGUCUAUUAUUGAGGAUAGACAGCAGAUCAAAGAGGAUAUUUUGAGGCAUUAUAAGAGCUUUUUAGGUACUGCUGAGCCUAAUAGAAUAAAUGCUAAUUUUGUUGUGUUUGAUGAGGGUUAUGUACUAAUGAAGAUGAUAGGAUGA